AUGGUUGCCAUCCCACUGGGUGCCUGCUUGAUGCAGGGUGACUUGCUCGACGGCGUCGUAGAGUCUACGCUGCGCAAUAUUGCCGACCAGCUCAAGGCAGAGUUCCGGAAAGAGCUCGGCAAGGCGCUGGACGCCGCAGCGAUGGAGGCAGCCGAUGGGUCUGGCGUCGAUCGCGGUGAUGCCCCCCCGGUCUCUGUGCCUGGCUUGAAUAUGCCAGCAAGGGCUGAGCUUGCGGGAGAUCAGGCAGGGGGGCCCGCUGAGUCCAAGGCUGCCCAUCGUUUUGAGUUCCCUGCCAUGGAGGACUCGGACGGGAUCGAGUCCAUGCGGCUCUCCCCCGGGCGGUCGAUCCAGAAGGCCUCAUCGACUCCGAACGCCUGGAGGGAAAGCGCCAGGAUGGUGUCCUGCGGGGAGUCGGUGGCAUCGGCCGAAAAGUCGCGGACCAAGCCAGCUCUGACUGAGCAGGACCAGGCGGAAAUAAUGCGCAUCAGAGCAGAGGAGAUUGCGCGGGCGGAGGCCGCAGAGAAGGCAGGGAGAGAUUUGGGUUUAUCGAUGUUCGACCAACCCACCAUCGACGAGGGCAGCCGAUGCAAAACAUUAUUGUACAAGCUGAUCGCAAGCCCGAAAUUUGAUUUUGGUAUGGGCGUCGUCAUCAUUCUCAACGCCGUGACAAUAGGCAUGGAGACCUCCAUAUCGCGGCAUGGAGAUACUAUUCCGUUGUCUCUGCAUGUCUUGGAGUACACGUUUCUUCUCCUCUAUUGCGUAGAGUUGGGAAUUCGAGUCCACGUCGGUGGACGACAAGUGUUCUUGAACAAUUGGGUAAAGUUUGAUGCUAUGAUGGUGGCUGCAGGCACUCUCAACGUACUCCUCACGGUGACAUCCCUUGGCGGUGACGCAGCAGCUGGUGUGGUUGACAAUGUCAACAUGCUAAAGAUGAUUCGACUGUUUCGCCUUGCGAAGACUGUGCGGGUGCUCGUCCAGUUCCGCACUUUGUGGAUGCUUGUCCAGGGGCUAAUGUACGCUGUCAUGCCGAUGUUCUGGACGGCCAUCCUGAUGACUGUUGUGAUCUACGUGUUCGCGGUCAUAGCUAUGGAGACUAUUUCUGUCUCGGAUGCGGAUGGUGAUUCAAAUUACAGCAUUGCUGCGCACCAGUAUGACACACUGGGUGGGUCCAUGCGGACUUUGAUGCAGUUCAUGACGCUUGACAGCGUGGCAACGAUCUACAGGCCGCUGAUCUUUGCGAAGCCGUGGUUGCUCGUUUACUUCUUGGUCUUUCUCCUGCUUGGCCCUAUUGCCCUCAUGAACAUCGUCACAGCGGCGGCGACGGCGACGACGAGGGGCCACGGCGUGGUGGUGCGCACGCCAGCCGCCGCGGGGGCGUGGCCGCGGAUCAUGGUCGAGUCCUCCCUCCGCACCGCCAACGAGGACCAGGAGGCAAAGAAGGCGUGGGAGAACGUGAGAAGGAAGAACAUGAUGCCCAAGCUCAGAAACAUGUUCCUGACUCUGGACACGAGCGGUGAUGGAGAGGUGGACCUUGAAGAGGUCUUGAACGCUCCAACCGAGAUCAAGGAGGCCAUGCAGCACAUCGUGGGCUUGGACCAGCUGGAGGAAGUGUUCCAUCUGCUGGACUACGAUGGGAGCGGCAGCGUGGACAUUGAGGAAUUUGUGGAAGGAAUCUUGCGUUCGCAGGGUGAGAAACCGUCAGAGCUGUUUGUGAUCUUAAAGCAGGGCAAGGCCAUCCUGAACAGGAGCGGGAGAGAUGAGAAGCGCUGCCGCUGGUGCCAGGCGUGCCAGGCUAGAAAGCGGGGGGCCAGGUUCCUGGGCCUAGGAGACUGCAAGCUCGCGAUAAUGCCCUUGCUCUGGGCGCUCUGGGAGCUCGCACUCCUGGGCGCGGCCUCCUCUCGAGACGUCGACGCUUCAUCUGACAGCGAGCGCUACGCCCCCUCCGUCGACAUCAGCCUUUACAAGGCCUUCGAGUUCGCGACUCUCUCCACCGGUGGCCCCAAACAACCCUCCAUGAAGAUCCUGUCGGCGGCGGGCCUGGAGGACCUCAACCAGCUUGCGGGGACGAGACUGAAAGAGAUGGAGCAGUAUGCUCAGGAUGCGCUGACCAACAAGGUGCUCCUCGCGAGGGAGGAGAUGAACUUGUCGCGGCAACGCUUCCAGGCUGUCGCGGACCAGGUCGCCAAGGAGGUGGAGGCGCGCACGGCCAGGCUGGAGCAGCAGUGGUUGCAGCUGGCGGUGGCAUCCGGGCACGGCCAGGUGGGCAAGUGCUGCUGCCCGCAGGACGAGGACUGCGUUUGGCACAAUUUCGCGGCUGGCGGUGACCGCGACUGUCCCGUUGGCAUGCAGGACUACCGCGACAGGGUGAAGCCCGGCGCCACAGGCCUCACUUCCUCUGGCGCCGUGGACAUGCUGCUGGCGCAGUGCGUGAACUCGACAGGCUGGACGGAGCGCCCCUGGGCGCUCCCUGGGGCGCCCGCGGGCGCCGCGGAGGCCGCCGGGCCGGCCCAGGAGCCCGCGGGCGCCGAGGCCGCGGAGGGCCCCUGGCGGGGCGCUGGGCCGGCAGGGCCGGCGGAGCUCGGUGACGGGACCGUGCUCCCCCCCUCUGGGGGCGCGGAGGCCGCCGCGCCGCUGGAGCCGCUGGGGGAGGAGGACCCCGCCCAGGACGCCAUCCAGGUCGAGGCUCGCGUCCCGCUCCCGAGCGACGAGGAUCUGAUCGACAAAGAUUCCGAAUUGCUGGAGCCUGUGAUCCCAGGGGGUUCGCCGGCGAUCCUGGACUCCCCGCUGUUGGUCCCGAAGGCCCCAGCUGUGGAGGAGGAGGAGGCCCCGCUUGUGACGCCGGUGAAGCCACAGGAGGACCCGUUGGUGAAGCCUGAGAAUGAUUGGCCUUUUGCCUUCGGGGAUCGUGAUCCCGCCGUCAAGCCAGGGAGCCAGGCCGCGGAGGAUCGCGAAACACGGUCAUACAAACUUUUGUAG